UCCUGACUAAACUGCUGGACUCUUUAAGCAGCUGCUUUUUCUCAGCUAGAUUCUGAGCGGAGACGUCUGUUUGUUUGCAGAGGAUGAGGCGGUGAUUUACUCCUGGAUGUUUCUCCGGUCCGUUUAAAAUCCAGCAGGACAGAGUGAAGCUGUCAGGUUUCUUGCAGCCGGGCGGAGAAGAGGUGUCCCUCCCACCAUGGACUACAUUUCCCACCGUGUACUGUCUCUGGGUUACAUCAUCCAUACCUCACUGUGAAAUUUCAUUUAGCAAGUAUGCAAACUUUCAAACGUUUGCCUUCUUUUGAGAUGGAUCAGUUAACUGUCAGAAUAAACGAUGUUCAAGCGAAUGUUGAGAAUGAAACUGUAGCCACAUCCUUUGCUUGAAUGUAUUUCAUGCCUCUAAAGCAACACACCCUCAUACCAGCAGCACUGAUUUCAGUCCUAACGCUGGCUAAUGGGGGCCUCUCAAAGGUGCAGGUCAUCCAUAAACCCUUCUUCUUUUAGUUCUCUUUUCUUUGUGGGAACACUUCUCUUCUCUUUGAUGAUGACCGCCUAUGCCUGCCCUAAGCUCUGCCACUGCACAGAGAGGAACGGCAUGGUGGUGCAGUGCACUUCGCGCAACCUGGAAAGCAUCCCGCCGAACUUACCCAAGGACACUGUGGUUCUCCUGCUCUCGUCGAACCAGAUCCGACACGUCCCAAAAGGAGCCUUCGCUGACCUUCACCGCCUCAGGGAGCUGGAUCUAUCUCACAACGUCUUGGAGAGCGUGGAGGUCGAUGCCUUUCAGGGGGUUUCCGAAGCCCUGCGGACCUUGGAUCUUUCAAACAACCAUCUGAGCGGCCUCCCCAGGGACACCUUCACCAAGCUGCACGCCCGAAUCCGCCUCUCCCAGAACCCCUGGCACUGCGAGUGCUCACUGCAGGAGACACUGAGGGAGCUGAGGCUCGACCCUGAGACGGUGAACGAGGUCAGCUGUUUCACGUCAGAGCAGGAGGAGUACGUGGGACAGCCGGUGAUCCAGGUCCUGGACUCAGGGAUCAACUUCUGCAACUUCCACCACAAGACGACUGACGUAGCCAUGUUUGUGGCCAUGUUCUGCUGGUUCUCCAUGGUGACAGCUUACAUCAUUUACUACAUCAAACACAAUCAGGAGGACGCCAGAAGGCACAUGGAGUACCUCAAAUCACUGCCCAGCACUUCUCACAUGAGCAAGGACUACGACACAGUGAGCAGCGUGUUUUAGGAUGAAUAUGGAUCAAAGUGCAGCGAUGAAUACAAAUGACAGAGAGGCGAUGAAUAUGUUUACAGCGAGAAAUACUGAGAAGUGACAGGCGUGAAGGCACAAAGAUUUAAGGAGGAGGUUUUAAAAUGUUGCUGUCAUCAUCAAGUGCAGGCUUUAAACAAAAAGAAAGACACAGCUCAGACUCAGAUAUUUUACUUCUUUAAUAACAAAAGAUGUCAGAUCCUUAUUUCUCACUCCAGUGUAUUUAACACACCUCAAAAGUUUGCAUAUCACACCAAGUUAUAGAAGUUCAGCUACCAGCUGAGGAGAACCUGAGAGCCACUUGAGUGUGAAACAGAAAUGAGCUCCUCGACAAAUAAUUCCCAUGGCUUCACAGAAAAAUAUCCAAGUUUGAUUUUGUUUAAUGCAUUUAAAAAAAAAAGAAGAAGCAGGGGGACCUUUAGGGGCAACAGCAGAGAAAUUAGCUGUAGUAGCUGUUAAUCUCUGUUAAAACUGAUAUAUGUUUCCCUCCUAAUGUUAAGAUGAUGUAUGCUUAAUGAUGCAAUGCAUAAAGGAUAUAGGUGUUGUAGAGAGGAUUUGAUGGCUGUAGGAACCCCUGUGACACCCCUGCACUGUCAAUUUAAGGUGGCUUGGCAGCCCAGAAUUACAUUUCACACUUGAGCCCUCAUUUUGCUUCAAAUGUUGAUGAGUUUGUAACUUUUGGAAGAAGAAAUAUGAUAAAUUCCUGCCACAAAAACAAAGUUCAGUUUGAGAACUGAACUGAUCGUCUCUUUCUCUAUUUUUGCUUAACUAAACUGCACACACGAAAUGUUUCAUCAAAUUUCAGAUUCUGGAAAGUCUAGUCGGCCACAACUAAUUUGGCUCAAGGAUUCUUCCGGCUAAAAGGGAGAUUUUCCUCCCCGCUAUCGCCAAGUGCUUGCUCACAUGGGUCACUGGAUUGUUGUGGCUUUCUCUGUAUUAUUAUAGGUUCUUAACCUUACAAUAUAAAGCGCCUUGAGGCGAGCGUUGUCAUAAUUUGGUGCUAUAUAAUAGGGACAUUGGCUUUGUAUGACAUCUUUCAGAGUAACAAGUAGAAAAAACAGUCCAAAAUUGAGUAUUUAGAGCAGUCUGAAGUCUGAGCAUUUUGUACAUAAGGAUUCCUUAAUUGUGUUCUGAGUGAUUUACUUGAAAUUUUAACCAUGUUUAUUAUGAGCAUUUACAAGUGUAACAGUGUAUAUUGCUGGAUAUAAGUGAAAGAAUAACAGGUCCCCUUUAAACAAACUCGAUAUCGACAUGAUUUAAUCUGUUGUCAACAUGUAGGCUCAUUGAAUCUGCACUUCCCCUGCACGGUGGGUGCAUGAUUGUUGUUUUUUAAUUUCCUCAGUCUCUUCCUGCUGCGCCUGACAUCUGAAAGCAGCUUAACCAAAGUGGACCCCACCCACAGGUUUUUACACUUCCAACUACUUGACUGUGGAAUUCACACCAAUUAGGAGCGGCUUGACUUGUAGCACUCGCAGAAAAAGAAGUGGUGACAAAUAAGGCAAUAACCUGAAAACAUGUGUUUUUGUUUGUUUUCAUCUAUUAAUUUGGAUUGCAUCACACAAAUUUCAUGCCUGUUGACACACACACUGGUUUUUACUGGAAUAAUUAUUUUAUUUAGACUUAACAUAAAACCAUAUUUUUCAAUAUAUGACCUUUUUUGUGUACAAGUUGAUGCUCAUUAAAAAUAGUUGGACAGAAAUCAACCAGAAAAUAUGGACAUAGCUGUGAUCUCACCCGUUAUGUGUGUAUUGUUCUAUUCAUUUAUUCAUUUAUUUUAAGUAACGAGUAAUAAUCAAAGGGUAGAUCGUAACUGAGAGACACUGUGCACUGACAGGGUAGCAAUUUGUAGGUAGUCACACCUGAAAGUAUUCCCUACUCAGUUUCAAGGGAGUUGUUGAAAGCUCUCCGCCAAUCUGCUCAAACAGUCUGCAGGCAUAACACAUUCCUCACAGUGAGAUCCUGUUAUCUGUUCGUACAGAUUUUACGAUGAAAAAUACCCCUGGCUCCAAAUAUGGAAGUCAUAUAUCUUCAGCUGCAUAGAUCUAGAUGGAGCUGAAUAUUAAUACGUCUUAAAACCCAGAAAUAGUUUCAUCCUACUAACGGCUCAAGUUCAUAAAUCUAACGAGCCAUUGUGGAGGGUGCUUCAGUAUCCAUAGUGUAGUGAUCCAUUUAUCCGCUACAUAGUCGUUUAUGCGAUUCAUGUGGUUUCUAUCAAACUGCAAAAGUCUUGAGCCACCCUCUUAAUACAUCUUCAUAUUUUGGAAGGAAAAUGGAAAAUGGGUGUAACAGUUUAUUGGCCAGCAAAAACAGAGUAUCAACUAUCCUAAUGAGCCUGAAAGUCAAAAUU